AGUCAGCAGUAAAGCUGACGUGUACAUAACAAUAUUUGUUUAAUUCAUGAUGUAAUACUUUUCUUAUUUAUAUACAAAAUACAACAUUCUCUUUAGAUCACUUCAAUACAACUGUCAUUCGCUGUAGAGCUUGUGUAUCGAUACUGAUCAAAGGUGAGAAGCUUGAAGUUUAUUUGAAUUAAGAAAAUGGAGGUUAUCAGCAUUGUCAUAUUCAUCAUAAUUGGUUUCUUCAUCUGGUAUUGUUGUGGAGGAUCUUCAUCAAAAUCUGCCUCCUCCUCCUCUUCCUCGGAGAACAAACUUUACCCAGACCUGAGUAAGAUGAAGAGUAACAGCCUAUUCAGCAUGUUUGGGGGCAGUAAUUACUCCAGUUUUGUGGACAGGUUCACCUCAUUAGAGGAUGUCACUACUGCAGUCAGAAAGGCUGGGCUAGAAAGCUGUGGACUGAUAUUUGGUAUAGAUUAUACUGCCAGUAAUGCCUAUCAGGGUCAGAGAACUUUUGGAGGACAGUCCCUCCAUUCUAUUGGCAAGAUGUUUCUUAAUCCAUACCAACAGGUGAUUUGUAUCCUUGGUGAGACACUGGAAUCAUUUGAUGAUGACGGUAAAAUUCCAGCAUUUGGAUUCGGUGAUGCCUCAACUAAGGAUAAAGCUGUAUUCCCAUUCAGAGCAGAGGGCUAUUGUUACGGUUUCCAUGACGUCCUGGAGAUGUACAAUCAGAUAACACCAAACAUUCGGCUCAGUGGAGGAACCAACUUUGCUCCCCUUAUCUACAAAGCCAUAGAUAUUGUAAAACACGAGAGAUCGUAUCACAUUCUCGUCAUUGUUGCUGAUGGACAGGUGACCAAUGAGAGAGAUACUAUAAACGCUAUAGUCGAGGCCUCCAGUUGGCCAUUGUCAAUCAUUAUGGUUGGAGUGGGAGAUGGACCCUGGGAUAUCAUGGAGGAUUUUGAUGACCGUUUACCCCGAAGGAAAUUUGACAAUUUUCAGUUUGUAGAUUUCCAUAAGAUUAUGACAACAGCCAGAAAUCCACAGGCAGCAUUUGCUCUUCAUGCACUCAUGGAGAUUCCAGACCAUCACAAUCCACAUUAUUUUUCCUGUUUAGGGGUGACGUUGUAUUUGUUUCGACUGUGGGCGGCAGGUGGGAAAUGUUACAGUAAAGCUCGCCUUGAUGGGAAGACGGUUAUCAUCACAGGAUGUAACACGGGGAUAGGGAAGGAGACCGCUAUCGAUUUAGCAGGCAGAGGAGCCAGGGUGAUCAUGGCGUGUCGUGACCGGAGUCGCGGAGAGAAGGCGUUAGCUGACGUUAUAGAAAGGACCGGAAGCAAACAAGUCCUCCUGAAGAUUCUUGAUCUGGCCUCACUGGAUUCCGUGCGAAAAUUUGCUGAGGACAUCAACAAAACGGAACCAAGGCUGGAUAUUUUAAUAAACAAUGCAGGAGUGAUGAUUUGUCCAUACAUGAAGACUGCUGAUGGGUUUGAAAUGCAGUUUGGAACAAAUCAUCUCGGUCAUUUUCUGCUGACCAAUCUUCUAUUGGAUAAAAUAAAGAAAUCCGCCCCAGCAAGGAUUGUCAACGUGUCCUCUCUGGCACACAUUUUCACGGACAAAAUAAAUUUCGAUGACAUCAAUAGUGAAAAGAGCUACAGUCGAGUUCAGGCGUACGCACAGAGCAAACUGGCUAACAUAUUGUUUUCUAGAGAGCUCAGUAAAAGACUCAAAGGGACAGGCGUGACGGUCAACUCUCUGCACCCCGGGUCAGUGGUGACAGAGUUACAAAGAUACGUCCCCGGAUAUAAGAUUAUAUGGCCACUCAUUACCCUGAUUUUCAAAACUCCAAGGGAAGGUGCACAGACUAACAUUUACUGCGCUGUUGACGAAAGUCUGGAUAACGUCACUGGAAAAUAUUUCAGUGACUGCGCUGUGAAGGAGGAAUCAAAGGCAGCUCAAGAUGACGAGGCAGCGAGGAAACUGUGGGAAGUAUCCGCUCAAUUGGUCGGACUCAAAGAAUGACACACUGAAACAGGACAGGGCAAAUGAAAAUCUGACUUACGUCUGGACAAUAAGAACAUUUAUAUACAUAUGGACGAAAAUGUCAGUGAUUAAGGCCUGGGCAAUCCGGGCAUAGACAUAGAAAUGGACAAACAAGACUUUGACAAAGUUAAAGAUAGAUAUAUGGGUAAUCAAGACACUGAUAUAAUUUAUGGACAAGCAAGACAAUGACAUAUGUAGAGACAACAGGCACCUGACGUUACUUAUUUUUUUU